AUGGUCACCACAACAAGCGGUAGUGCGUCUGGCCUUCAAGCUCACGGACUUCAUCAGUCAGGAGGAUUUGCCAUCGCCAAGACAUCUGCUUGCUCGAGCAACGAGUGUGCCACCUCCAUCGCUUCCGCUGUGGAGGAAUUUGAACUGGCCGACUUAUCCACCGGAUCGGCUGGAGGCGUUGAUGACUUGGAUAAUCAGUUGACGGUCUCCAAUCUGUCCAAGUCCCUGGCCGAGGAGAACUUGUUUCGAAACCCCCACACUAUUCCUCCACCAAAGAAGCAGAAACGCAAACCUGCUCCAAUUUUCAUACCCCCACAGAAGCAGCAGUCUAUCAUCAAAAUACUCGAUCCUUCUCCCUACAAUCGGAAAACCGAUACGCAUUACUUACCGAAUGGAUGGGACCAUCUCGGAUUGCGUAUUGCUCCAAGCUCGAUGGUUUUCUUGUGCUACCCUUCCCUCACAGGCGUCUAA